UCUGGGUCACACGAGACGCGGAUUGGCCGCAAUCUGACCGUUUCAACAGUUAUCCGGCACCCAUCAUGCCAGAUGAAAAUGGUGAUUCGGCGUCUAUCAGUGUGACUGAAAAGAGAACCAAGGUUGACAUUUCCGGCCUUAAAGAAGAUGCAGGGGCUUGUGUCAUUGAAGGGAUAAUUGCAGAAGACAGGCUUGCUGAAGCGUCCUCUAUUGAAGCAUCAGACGCUACUCUUGACACAAGUAAUGCAAGUUUGAUUAGUGAUACUACAGCUGACGCAAGCGUGGCGUCAGACACGGAAACGCCCGAUACUCAAAUAUCAGACUCAAGUGCAGAGAGUACUGAAAACGCGGAAGCAAAUGAUGAAGUCUAUGCCGAACGAUUUCCAAAGGAAUACAAACAGUACAUGCGAUGGAGUUUCGAUAAAGUGUUAGAAAAUGGUAUAUUUGAUACGAACGGGGUGUGGACACGAGGUAAACAAAAUUCUAUUUACGCAUGGCCAAUCCGACAAGCCUUUUCAUAUAGCUUGAAAUAUCGAUGUCGCUACGGGUGCAUUGUUAGCAGUCACGAAGCUUUCAUCUUUCGCAUUAAGCCCAUACGACAAGAAAAGGAAAUUGAAGAGCUUCUCAAGGACUUCAUUGAGGAGCAAUCCCUUUCGGAAGAGAAAGAAAGAGAGAUGAUGGAAGACUUGCUGAUGGCUGAAAUCGCAGAUAACGGUGAAAUGCAGUAUGUCUGUAUUCCCUGGAGCAACGACUAUACCAAUAUCAAACACGCAGAAAACGAACCAAAUACUACACAGGACUCAAAGAAUCAAGGCGUCGAAAAGGUCACAGAUAUAGCAGACUGGACUAUUAAUCUUGCUUUUUGGUACCUGCAUAUGAUGAUAGGAAGCAAUUACAAGGUUAAAUGGACAUAUGAGAACUUGGCCGAUGAAAAACUGCAACCGCUGUCCUUGGCAGCAAGCAAUUUGUUGUCUUCAACCAACCAAGCUCUGGAACUGAAAAGAAGAAGGCAACAGGGCCAUCAACUCUAUCAGCCAAGAGAGGAUCAGUCUAGUGUAUCGACGUCCGGGAUCGAUCAAAACCAGUCCAUUUCAGUACGCACUUUGCAAGAACAGGAUGAGGCUUUACAGGAAAGCAUUGCGACUAGUACACUGUCACCAGCUGAGUCUAUCGAUUUAAGAUCUGAGGCUUCCAGUAUGACAGAGCGACAUGAUGAUUCGAGUGAUAACGAGGGGGCACGACGAAAACGCAGACGGGGUAAUGAUGUACGAUCAUCGCCCCGGAUGUGCCGAGUCUCAGAUGACGAUCCGGUGUUGUCCUUCUACAAAGCGAGCUUUGAGUAGCAAAUGAUUCCAGAAUUAAGUAACCAGGCAAGGGUACAAAGCAAAACUUUAAAAACACAUCAUAUAUCAGUAAUAUUCCUAUAACGUGGUUCACGGGUGAGCGCCGUACUUCGCAUUAUUUUUUAAUUAAUCAACUUUAAACCUCAAUUUCACAACCACCAAUAAUGGGAAAGGCCUCAAAUGAAGCCGAUGUUAUUUCAGCUCUACAAGCUUUAGAACGAGACCUAAAAUUCUCUAUUCGAGAAGCUGCUCGAAUCUACAACAUCUCCGAUCGAACACGCCGCCGCCGACGUAACAAAAUCCCUUGCCGAGCCGAUACAAUCUCAAAAUCUCGAAAAUUGUCAGAUGAAGAAGGAAAUACAAUAAUUCAAUAUAUUCUUGACCUCGAUUCCCGAGCUCAGCCUCCUCGCUUGCGUGAUGUUGAAGCUAUGGCCAAUCGCUUAUUGGAGCUACGUCACGACAUUCCAGUUGGACGGAACUGGGUUGCAAGCUUAAUCAAACGACACCCCGAAAUCGUCACGCGUGUAUCACGUCAAAUUGACUAUAAAGAGUCCAAUGCGAAGAUCCAGAUAAAUAUCGAGCCUGGUUUGAGCUUGUGAAGAACACAAUCGCGAAACAUGGUCGAAGCGGAUAUUUACAACUUUGACAAGACUGGCUUUGCAAUGGGCGUGAUUUCAUGGGAAUGGUUGUAACGAGCUCAGAAAGAUCUCAAAAAGGGGCGCAAAGCACAACAAGGAAAUAAACAAUAGGCGACUUUGAUUGAAUGUAUCAGCGCAGGUGGUUACGUGAUUCCGCCUUUCGUCAUCGUCGCGGGCAAAACCCACCUCUCGUCUUGGUACGAAAAUAGCCCAUUGCCCAGCAAUUGGGCAAUUGGUGUUACUGAAAAUGGCUAGAAUACGAAUGAGACAUGCUUAGAUUGGCUCUAUCAUUUUCAAAAGUAUACAAUUAAGCAAAAAAAAGGCAAAUAUCGGCUUCUAAUUCUUGAUGGACA